AAGGAGAGAGAGAGAGAGUUUUAAUUAAGAAGGACGACCACAAAAAACCAAGAUUUUUAUUAUCUCAGAUCCUCUCUAUUCAUCUCUACCCAUCCAUCAUCUUCAUCAGCAACCUUUCCCCCAGAGCCAUAAUAUUCCAACACAAAAUUCAUUUCUCCUUAACUUCAAAAGCUCUCAUCUUUACUGUCUUUAAUGGAGAAAGAUGGGUGUUUCUGGGCGUGAAAGGUUAACCCUAAUCUAAGGUUACAGGAGAGUAGAGUGAGAAGAAGGAAGAGGGAAGUUUAGAGGGCCACUACUGCUUGAUGUUUAGAGCAUGGAUUUAGGCAGUAAUCCUCCGGCAGCCACCAACGCGAGCUCCGCCGCGGCCGCGGCGGUUAAAGGCGGUGAUGUUCAGGAGAGUGAGACGCCGGCGGCGAGGAUCUCGGCGGUGAAGCCGUUGUCUUUUAGCAGUAACGGGGUGCUGAAGCGCCACAAUUCGCUCCACCACCACCACCACCACCACCACGCGGUGGUGGUUGUUUACAAGGAGUGCCUGAAGAACCACGCCGCCAGUAUCGGCGGCCACGCCGUGGACGGUUGCGGGGAGUUCAUGCCGUCGCCAACGGCGAAUCCUGCGGACCCAACCUCGCUGAAAUGUGCCGCGUGUGGGUGUCACCGGAAUUUCCACCGCCGUGAGCCGGAGGAGCCGCUUGGGCUGCCAAGCGCGGCGCCAGCUCUAGAGUACCAGCCCCACCACCGCCACCACCCGCCUCCACCGCCGCCGCCGCCGCCUCACGACCACAGCAGCCCGAAUUCCCCAUCUCCGCCGCCGAUCUCUUCCUCGUACUACCCCUCAGCGCCGCAAAUGCUCCUCGCGCUUAGCACCGGCUUAUCCGGUCACCCGGCGGCGGACAUCACCACCCCAAUUUCCGCCGCCGCAAACCCCUCAUCCAUCCACCCAUCACCACACAUGAAAGGGAGAAAGCGGUUCCGAACAAAAUUCACCCAAGAUCAGAAAGGUAAAAUGCUGGAUUUCGCGGAGAGGAUCGGGUGGAAGAUUCAGAAGAGAGACGAAGAACUGAUCAACGAUUUCUGCCGUGAAAUUGGAGUCGAGAGAGGAGUUUUAAAGGUCUGGAUGCAUAACAACAAGAACACUGUCGGCAAGAGAGAUAACAUCACCACCACCCCCGCAGCCGCCGCCGCCGCCGAUAACGGAAAUGCUCACAGUCUCGGUUUCGACAUCGGCCGCGUAAACUCCGCCCCACUCACCUCCGACUUCAACCUCCGUCCAGAAAGCAACAACAACGGCAGCCAUAGCCAAAACCACUACGCCCUCCACAGCGGCGACGUUCUCGCCGCCAAUGGGUCGUCGUCUUCUUCCUGAUCCGGCACGUGGAAGGGGAGAAUAAAAAAGAUUUUAGAAUCUGCGGCAAAAUUUGCAGGAAACACAACCAACUAUGGUGAGGCCAGUACUGUUCUAUCUUAGCUACUGCUUAUUCACAAAGAGCCUAUUUUAGAUCUUCUGUUUCGACUGUUCUUAAUGAUUAGUGCUCUGAUCUGAGGAAAAAUCUGCAGAACAUCGUUCUGAUGAGCAAUUUAAUUUGUUUAUUUUUCAUUCUCAUCAUCCUGACCUGUAAAUUAUAACCUUAAUUAGGAUCUCCAAAAAAAAAAUUGAGUCUUUUCCCA